AUGGCACUGAUGCGAGGCAAGGCCAUGACGACUGCUUAUUGGUGUUGGCGACAUUUUGAAGAGUCCAUGAAAGGAUUUGAUCAAAAACUCAAGGAGAUAGGGCCUUACAUCUGGAAGACGUACAAGGAAGCUUACGAGGAGAUUUUGCAAAUUGGUUCUGCACUGCGAGUAUCCGGAACUGAAUCUGGCUGCAAGAUUGGGAUUUAUGGAGCAAAUUGCCCUCAAUGGAUUGUGGCAAUGGAGGCUUGCAAUGCCCAAAGUUUAUAUUGCGUGCCUCUCUAUGAAACCUUGGGGGAAAGAAAUCCACAGGAGAUUUCACCGCCAGAGCCGUUUAACAUUUGCACAUUUAUGUAUACCAGUGGCACUAGUGGGGAUCCAAAAGGAGUUGUAUUAACACAUGAAACAAUUGCAACAUUCGUAUAUGGAAUGGACCUCUUUAUGGAACAAUUUGAAGAUAAGAUGACAGUGGAUGAUGUCUAUCUAUCCUUUCUUCCACUUGCUCAUAUCCUAGACCGUGGUAUUGAGGAAUAUUUCUUCCAUAAAGGCGCUUCUGUUGGCUAUUACCAUGGUGACUUAAAUGCAUUGCGGGAUGAUAUAAUGGAGUUGAAGCCAACAUUUUUAGCUGGUGUGCCUCGAGUGUUUGAAAAAAUUCAUGAAGGGAUAAAGAAAGCACUAGACGAACUCAACCCAAUAAGAAGGCGAAUUUUUGAUGCUCUGUACAGAUACAAACUUGGCUGGAUGAAUCGUGGAUAUAAGCACAAAAAUGCUUCACCUUUGGCCGAUCUGUUAGCGUUCAGGAAGGUCAAAGCUAAGUUGGGUGGUCGCCUUCGAUUAAUAGUAUCUGGAGGUGCACCGUUGGGUUCCGAGGUAGAAGAAUUCUUGCGUGUCACUAGCUGUUGCUUUGUUGUCCAAGGCUAUGGAUUGACAGAAACUUGUGGACCAACUACUCUUGGAUUUCCGGAUGAAAUGUGCAUGGUUGGUGCGGUUGGUCCUCCAGCUGUCUACAAUGAGCUCUGCCUAUAGGAGGUUCCGGAGAUGGGCUACAAUCCGCUCGGGGAACCCCCUUGAGGUGAAAUAUGUGUUCUGGGAAAGACUAUUUUUACUGAGUUGCCCCAUGUCGAAAAUACCAAGCAGUGGGCGUAUGUCAAUGGUCACAUGGGCUCUUUCUCUGAUCUUUGUUCUCUUGAUCAACUACAAGAUUAUGUCCUCAAAGAGCUAAAAUCUACCGCUGAGAGGAACAAGCUCCGAGGCUUUGAGUACAUAAGAGGUGUGGUAUUGGACCCAAAUCCAUUCGACAUGGAAAAAGAUUUAGUGACUGCAACAAUGAAGAAAAGAAGACCGAAGAUGUUGAAAUAUUAUCAGGCCGAGAUCGAUGCACUUUAUCGGAAACUGACCGUCGGAAAAUACUAAAGUUGGAGGCUAUGAGCAUUCCGAGUCAGUUGAGGAACAUAUAAAUAAGGAUGAAUCAGCUCUUGUUGUUACAGGGUAGUAUGUAGCUGUGAUGCAUUGUGUAUUUCUAUAUAAAUUAAAUAUUCACUUCGGGGUAGAUUUGUUUUUAAGAGAAUGAUUCGAUUUCAAGAUGAUUGUUGUAAGCAAUCAAGAUCUGCACAAACCAAAAAUUUAAAUCGGGCUCGGUCAUCUACUUUAUAAAUAUGUAAGGUUAUUCGAUCAGUCUGGAAUUGAUCAAAUUGAACCAAAAUUGAAAACUUUGAAAGGUAAAAAUGUUGACAGGAA